CCAAUAUCAAACACGACACUCGCUCUCGCUCUCUCUCUCUCUCUCUCUCUUCUCUCUGAUGAGUGAGAAAACGACCGCCAAAACCCCUCCUUGAUCCCGCUUCAAACCCCCGGCGCUCCGCCCGCCGUAAUCCUCCACUCUCACUUCCAGUAGAUAACAGAGAGAAUAUCAUUCUACUUCUAGAGAGAGAGAGAGAGAGCAAAGGGUGUUCUGAUUCGUCUUAUGGAAUAUAUAAGUGUGGUUGGCAAUUACUACUUUAUUGGACGAACCGUACGGAAUUCUGUAAUCUUCAAUCCAACGCAAUGAUUUUGGUUUCUGGGUUUUCUGUCCGGUUGCUUAUCGCGCUCUCUGUCAUCGUCAUACCAAACGUUUCUCUGGCUGUGGAAGCGUUUACUGGAACUUAUGGGAUAAACUAUGGAAGAAUUGCAGAUAACAUUCCCUCUCCUGAUAAAGUAGUUAAACUUCUCCAAGCGGCAAAGAUUAAGAAUGUCCGAAUAUAUGACGCUGACCACAGUGUCCUCAAGGCCUUCAGUGGAUCAGGGCUUGAACUAGUGGUUGGACUUCCAAAUGGAAACGUAAAGGAUAUGAGUUAUAACCCUGACCAUGCCCUAGCAUGGGUAAAAGAAAAUGUGCAAGCCUUCCUUCCGGGGACCAACAUUGUUGGGAUUGCUGUUGGAAAUGAAGUUCUGGGUGGGGGCGACGAUUCACUAGCGGAAGCGCUUUUGGGUGCAGCGAAAAAUCUUUACAACGCCACGAAAGAGCUUAAGUUAGAUGACGCAAUUCAGAUUUCUACUGCACAUUCACAGGCUGUUUUCAGUGAUUCUUACCCUCCCUCUAACUGUACCUUCAAAGAGAGUGUUGUGCAAUAUAUGAAGCCACUCAUGGAGUUCUUCUCACAAAUUGGUUCCCCUUUCUGUUUGAAUGCAUACCCAUUUCUGGCCUACAUCUAUAACCCUGGUCAGAUUGAUAUAAAUUAUGCUCUUUUCAAGUCAAAUGAUGGGAUAUACGAUGAGAAAGCUGAUCUACAUUAUGACAACAUGCUUGAUGCUCAGAUUGAUGCGGCUUAUGCUGCUUUGGAAGAUGCUGGAUAUAGAAAGAUGGAAGUUAUAGUAACAGAGACUGGUUGGGCUUCUCAUGGGGAUCAAAAUGAAGCUGCCGCCACCGUAGGCAAUGCAAGCACUUAUAACUAUAAUUUGCGUAAGAGGCUUGCGAAGAGGAAGGGAACCCCUCGGCGGCCGAAAAGUGUGUUGAAGGUAUACGUUUUUGCUUUGUUUAAUGAAUAUCAGAAGACUGGUGCAACUUCUGAAAGGAACUUUGGGCUGUUUAAAGCUGAUGGAAGCAUUGCCUAUGAUAUUGGGUUUCCUGGGUUGAAAUCCUCUUCUGCAGGAUCAUCUAUUUUGUCUUUAAAGGAUAUACGAGGUCAAGGUUGGUCAGGAUCCUACUACUCGGUAUUAACCGCCUGUGCUUCGGUGGCGCUUCUCUUUUUUAUUUCAUGACCAAGUAGAGUUUGGGUACUCUUAGAUAGUUAUACUAGAACAGCAUUCAGAAAUUUUCCAGAGUCAUAAGUUUGGUAUGAUCUCAUGCCAUAUUCCAUUGCAUCAUCAAUUAUUUGUUACUGAGCAAAAUUAUAGGAAUUGGUGAUAAAUUUAAUCUAUUUAAGCAAUGUAUAUUUGUGUAGUUCCUAAUAA